AUGGUGAUUACGACCAUCCAGAAGGAGGCUCUGCAAGGCCUCUGCUCCAAAGACCGCCUCGAUCUGAUGGACGCUAUUGACCGCCUGCGCUCUGAGGGAAUCGACCAUCUCAUCUCGCUGCCCAGAUCAUCGUGUUCCGUCCUAGAGGCCAUCUCCGGAGUCCCUUUCCCUGCCCGAAGCAAUCUCUGCACCCGAUUCCCCGCCGAGCUCGUGCUACGACGAACCUCUCAGGUCAGCGCGCGUAUCUCGAUCGUCCCGCACAUGUCGAGAGACGACUCGGAGAAAGCCACGUUGUCCACCUCCGACGAGAAAUUGGACACAUUUGAAGACCUUGCUCGGCUCAUCGGCGAGGCAACAUCCGCUAUGGGGAUAUCGACCCACGGGAGGGCAUUUGCUCGAGACCUACUGCGGGUAGAAAUCUCAGGCCCCGAUCGCCCGCAUCUGACCAUCGUCGACCUGCCUGGCUUGAUCCAUUCCGAAACCAAGCACCAGAAAGCCUCUGAUGUCGAUUUGAUAAAGGAGACGGUCAAGUCGUACAUGUGUGAGCCACGAAGCAUCAUUCUGGCAGUCGUGUCGGCUAAGAACGACUUCGCAAACCAGAUCGUACUGAAGCUCGCAAGAACAGUCGACCACAACGGGGAACGAACCCUCGGUAUCGUCACGAAGCCUGACAUGCUGAUCCCAGAUUCCGACAGCGAGGCUCUCUACAUCUUGCUCGCCCGAAAUCAGGAGGUCAACUUCCGCCUCGGCUGGCAUGUUGUCAAAAAUAUGGACUCGGAGAAAGAGACUGGUUCAAUCCAUCGACGCAAUACCUUCGAAGCAGACUUUUUUGCUCAGGGGGUCUGGAAGAAUCUUCCAAGCGCCAUUCUCGGUGUCGUUCAUCUACGAAGUCGACUCAGUAAAGUUCUACUGAAACACAUCACAGCGGAGCUCCCAAGUCUGAUCACCGAGAUCGAUGCGAAGCGUCAGGCGUGCCGUACCCAGAUGGAGAAACUCGGCCGGCCCAGGAAUACGCACUACGAACAGCAGCUACACAUGAUCACGAUAUCGGAGUCUUUUCAGCGCCUCGUGCGAAACGCUGCGGAUGGCAACUGGACGGAUUCCUUUUUCGAGGCCGUCGAGACUGGCAAUGGCUACAAGCGCCGCCUACGCGCCUUCGUUCAAAACAACAAUGACGACUUCGCCGCAGACGUUCUGAAGAAUGGUCAGCGUCACCAUAUCAAGGAAGGUGGCAAAGAGGCCAGUGACGCCUCCACAGAUGCGAGAUCGAUCUCUCGAGAUGAAUUCAUCAGGAGAAUCAUGGACAAGAUGUCCCUUUCCCGCGGCAGAGAGCUCCCUGGAUCCUUCGACCCCAUGAUCAUCGCCGAGCUGUUCCGCGAGCAAGCCGGCCCCUGGGAGGCGCUCGCGCUGUCCCACGUCCAGCGCGUGUGGGACGCUUGCAAGGUCUUCCUCAGACAGGUAAUUGACCACGUCGCGGACACAAAUACGUCAAUGACAGUCCUUCAGAGGAUCAUUAGCCCGGCGAUGGAUGCCAUACUGGCAGAUCUCCGAGACAAGACAAGCCAGAUCCUCAAGCAGCACCAAGAGCUACACCCGAUCACGUACAACCACUACUUCACCGAGACGCUGCAGAAGAUCCGGACCGGCAGCAGCCACACCAAGGUCGCCUCCGCGAUCAUGAAAUACUUCCAAACAAAAAGCUUGACUGUCGUCUCAUAUGGAGAAUUAAAUCUUGCAACCUUGGUAGACAAGACCACAUUGAGCACAACAGAGCCUGACAUGAACAAGUUCGCAGCGUCAGAAGCCCUGGACAUGAUGGUGGCAUACUACAAGGUCGCUAUGAAGCGCUUCAUCGAUGACAUCGCUGUGUCCGUCAUUGAGGCAGGGCUUGUGCUCGCCCUGCACCAGAUGCUGUCCCCAGCCAAGGUGUACAAAAUGGACACGGAGCUCGUGGCCAGUCUGGCGAGCGAGACCGAGGAGAACCGCGUGGGUAGAGAGCAGGCUGUUCGGCAGCUCGAGGUGCUGGACAGGAGCGCCCAGAUCUGCCGCCAAUUUUCCGUUGACGGGAUGGGCACGGCCUCAUUUCCACUGAGUGUAUUGAGUGUGUUUACUCAAUUCCACGGUCACAUGAAUCAAGGCUUCUGGCAAGGUGACUUAAAUGAGUUAAUGGCCGAAUCCACGCCUUCGCAAGUUAGUGAAUAG